CGUGUCAACAAAAUAAAACUGGAAUUCCUACCUCAACAAGAAAAAUAUAAACGUAUUUAACGUUAAUAUAUAUUAACUGGUUAUAGAUUGUGAACUUAAAAAAUGAGUGCCACCGACAACAAAAAGAAAUCUAUACCGGUAGCGCCGGUGCCACCAGCGGGUGUUCCAGUCAAUCUAUUAUCAAGCGUAGCUCCGCCUUCUGAACUUCCCAACUUUGUUACAGCUUCCCCAGUUUUACAGAAGCCAAGUGUCAUUGUACCAGUGUCACAGCCAGUGCAACCUGCUGCAGGUGAUCAUGCCGUGAUUGACUCAUCACAACAGGAGACUUUUAGUCCUGCAAUACCACCCAACAAGGGUGAGCCCACUCUUCCGAUCAGAUCACCCGAGGAUUCUCAAGCCACACAGUCUCCUGAACCACCUUCCACACCAGAAAUAGAUAAAAUUGGUGAUAUAAUGCCUGGUAGUGGUCUGCUGACAUGGAUGAAGGGUGCGGUAUCCUCAGGUGGUAUACUGCAACGCGUUGCGGAGAAAGCCAAGAGCUCAGUUGAUACCAUGAUCACAACACUUGACCCACAGAUGAAGGAGUACUUAAAAAGCGGCGGAGACUUAUAUAUAGUUGUAGCAUCAGAUAAGGAAGUCAAAGUAUCACCAAUUAGAGAAGCAUUCCAAACUGUUUUCGGCAAAGCGACUGUUGUCGGUGAGGCGGCACAAAGCGAUGUGACAGCCGCGCAGCCGGUAGGUUACGCGGCUGCGUACGCGGCGGCCAAGCAGCGCAUUGCUCACGUGCGCUCCACCUGCGCGCAUCUCACCAACAACGUGCCUGUCCUCGCUAUAGAGAGCUAUCUGCAGGAGACCGUCAGUGACAGGUGGUACGAGAUAUCACUGGUGUUGCUGUCCCAGCCGUCGCUGGGCAUCGAGCUGCAGCUGCAGAGUCAGGGCACGCCGGUGCCGGCCGCAGCUGUAGCCGCGCUGCUCGCCGCCACGCCCGCUGACUAUGCGCACGCGCAGACCGGCUACGCGCUCACUGUAGGAUCUGUCAUGGCGGACAGUUUACAUGUGCCUCAUACAGAGUGGCAGGAGGCGACAACUGGUGUUAGUAGAAGAGAAAUCCUUUCCCUGGCUGCGCGGUCUCUCGCCGGUUCAUACAAAAAGUUACUCGCUAUAUCUGCCGCCGAGACUUAACAUGUAAAAAUGCAAAUGGAAUUAUAGAUCUAAUCUGACACGUAAGUCUGAGAUAAACUUAUUUGUUUUAAUCUCUUAUCGAUUUAUCGCGUAAUUCAUUUAAUAUUUAUCAUUAUCGAUUUUGAUCCGAGUGACGUUUUAUUUAGAAAAAAAAGAACUAAUAACAGAGGAAUGUGUUCUUCGUCUUAUAAAUGUAGUUAAACCUCGAGAUUAUAAGAUUUUUACAUUUAUAUUGUAAAUUUUUCUUUU